AUGACCGAGAUCUUCGGAUUGAGUGAUUAUUCCGACGAAUCUCCGCCUCACGCAAGUCUAUCCAGUGAUAGGACGCGUGGGGAUAGUGGUGAUGCACCUAUGCAUCACCACGAGCGAAGUAACUCAAGGGAUCGUGGUAACACUGGUGCCAGUGCUCACUCUGACACCAAUAAAGAGGCCAGGGACCGAAAUGUCCUGCGCCAAGCUCCUCAAGUGGAGUCUCCGUGGAUGCCGCCAUCCAGAGAGUUGGACCGGUUGGCCGGCACGACUACCGAACGGGAUAGAAUCCCGUUGUUCGAUUGCAGGAAGAUUUGCCCUCUUGAUUCCAGCACGGAAACUAUCCGUGCUGAGGAAGAGUUCUUCACCGAUGCGUUCUUCAAACAUCGGUGGUACAAUGGCAGCCGUGAUCGAGACGACAAGCCUUGGUGCAAGGAUGGAAUGCCCUCAUCCACAACAUCGGGUGUAUUGGCCGUGAGGCUUGGCUCGCCAAACUUGAUGCAGCUCGCAUCAGGUUAG